CAUGAUGUCAGCACACGCGCGCCCCUCGAGCACGCUGGCUCGGAAGCAGCACACGUGCCCCUAAUGAAGCAAAUUGGCUCUUCUGUUUCUUGUUGUUCGGUAGCAGGUUAGGGCUGUGAGUCCAACGACACCGACGCGCAGAGCCAAGGCAGAGAUGUUUUGCUGUCUCAAUACACUGCCAGGCCCACUGCAGAUCUGCAUGGCAAUGUGCCUUCACCAGGAUAUUACAGAAGAGGGUAAAAAGGCGAAACUCCAGAGCUGUAAAAUAGAGCAAGACCUUUGCGAACAUGCCAGGACUGAGAUGAAUGUGGUGAAAAUCCUCAUGCUUGGAGCUGCAGAGAGUGGAAAGACCACACUGAUCAAACAGAUUAAGAUAAUCCACAGUCAGGGCUUCUCCAAACAAGAGCUCAUCAGUUUCAAGCCUGCAGUACUAGACAACCUGCUGACCUCCAUGAAGUUUGUGCUUCGAGGAAUGGGGAUGCUGAGGAUUAACCUCGCUAACAAGAAGAACAAGAUGCACGCCCGCUCCAUCCUGUCCUGCAGUCAGUGUUUGGCGGACGACCAGGAGCUGCUUCCUUUUGUGGCUCACGCUUUCUGCGCGCUGUGGGCCGACCAAGGGGUGCGAGCAGCUGCCACCAGAGGUUACGAGUUCGAGCUGAAUGACUCUGCACUCUAUUUCUUUGAGAACAUGAAUCGAAUCAUCGCUCCCAAAUACGUUCCCACCGAGACAGACGUUCUGAGAGUGAGAGUGAGGACGUGUGGAAUCGUUGAGACGCAGUUUCAACUUAAUGAAAUGAUCUUUCG